AUGACCAACAUAUUCAGUACAUGGAUUAAUGAAGUUCGUUCAUCUGAAGAAUCUGUUAUGUGUCGUCAUGAACAAGAACAAGUUCAAAAGCGUAUAACACGGCCACGAAAAAUGAAAAAUAUAUGUGAUGAUGUGAAGCUUAAAUUAGCAAAAACAAAAUAUAUCGAAGAUGAAGACUUUGAUAGGUAUCAAAAAGUUUUAAGAGCUCUUUCUCAUCGGUAUAUAGAUGUUAUAAAAGAUGCCGGAGAUAGUAAUGACGAAGAUUAA